CUGUAUUAUUCGCUGUGCUUCCCUGCCGCUGUCAAAAAGGGCCUUUCGACGAGGCCUGAAUUUACACUGACUUGGGCUGCUAUUUGUUGCCAACAAGCAAAGUUCAUCUCGGCUGGGCGCAAGGAGGCACGAAGCGGGACUGGACAUAUUUUUGUUUAUAAUAUAUAUUUGCUACCCCUUUACGGAAUCGAUUGCGGCAAAGUGUGUAGCGUACGGAAUACGACGCAUCAUCAUCCAGCGAGCAGCCCGUACGGAUGCAGGUUGUGCUCUGCGUAAGUUGGUAACAACAGGGGUUUCCAAUGUUGGCCGCACGGGGACGGUAGAGGCAGAAAAGUGAAGACCCCAGCAAAGUAGCAGCAGCAGCAGCAGCGCCCGUGGUUUGUAGCUGCGGAGUGCGCGCAUGUGUUUUGACCGUGUGAAAACAUUCAUCGCAACUUCUCUUCCACCACCCGCUCAACUCUCCCCCCACACACACAAACACACGCACAGAUCCGUGCAAGUUGGAAAGUGUUGCAAGAAAGGCACGAGAAGCCAAAAGGGAAAAAAACUAAACAUAAAAGCCUGUGGGAGAAAGAAGGAGAGCAGCAACGGUAAAGCGGUGUGGAAAAAGCGAAAGCGCUUGUACCAAACGUACGGCAUCGGGAGAAGGAGAAGAAACAUAGCGUAAAUCUCAGCGCCGCGUGUGUGUGUGCGAGAGGAGGAAAGGUGUAAAAGUAAAGACGCGCGCGUGUGCUAGAGCGAGAGGAAGCACGAGAGAAAGACAAGGGCGGAACGAAACCCAGCCUACUCAUUCCAUCAAAGAUCCGUCAAAACCAUCGAACAUUUUUUUUUUUUGGUGGGAUUCCGUCGUGUAAAUACUCCAAAACAAAUCCGCAGAUAGAGAAGAAGAAGCGAGGAAAAACACGCCUCAACGGACCAAUUUUUAAUGGCAAGUGGUUCCGUUUCAGCUUGAACACGGUGGGUUUUUUAAUUUUCUCCGUACGGCGGAGGCCGCGUCGCAUUGUCAUCAUUCCACGAACGGCUAUUUUCCUAGCCUGUUUUUUUUUAACAAUUACGGUUCUGCAAUAUCAAACGGAAGUUUGUAAACAAAGUCGCUCAAAGUCUGCGGCAAGCAGCAACAGCAGCAGCUUGGAUUGAUCGAGUGCUUUUUUUUCCUGUUCGUUGGUUGGUGGAUCCUUGAUAAGUGUUCCUGUACCGAUACAAUGGAGAUCGAUCCGCUACAUACACAGAUUCAGGAAAAUCAGUUCUGCCGGUUGUGCUUUGCACAAGCCUGCGAACUGUACGAGCUGUUCCCGGGUGCAGUGAAUGAAAAUGAAUCUCUGCUGCUGAAAAUACUCGAGUUGUUAAAUGUCGCGAUAACCUUCGAUGAGGACCUGGGCUCGUUCAUAUGUGGCAAAUGCGUAACGAUGGUUGAAGACUUUUUCGAGUUCAGGGACAAGGUGAAAGAAAAUGAUCUGCUUCUACGCGAAAAGCGCAAAUCGAUUGAUCAUGCAACGGCCAUCUAUAACGUCGUCAGCAUGCAACCGGACGCAACGAACAGUAGCGCCUCCAACGGUGCGACAGGUGCCGGCAGUGGCUCGGAGCUGGGUGCGGGCGGGAUCGAUGAACCACACGUUGGGCUCGAUCAGCGCAUCUCGAUCGACGGUGGUCCACCACUGAACGGAAAUAUAAUCGAGUUUAAGAAGCAACUGUUUACCGCCUCACCGGCCCAGAUCGGUAUCUGGUUGUGUGUGGCAUCCGGAAGCGACAUACAGUGUCCAGCCGCGAUCGAGGUGGAUGAUAACAUACAGGUGGUGGCCGAAAUAGGGCAACACAAUCACGGGCUGCCCGUAUCGGUGCCGGAAAAUCCACCCGAAACGACACCGACCAAACAGCAGCCACAGCACCAACAGCCACAGUCCCACCAUCAUCCGCAGCAUCAUCAGCCAGCGCAGGAGCACCAUCCGCACGAGGAGGACACGAUCGUGGUGACGACCGAUGGUACGCCCGCUAUCUUAUCCACCACCGCCGGUACGACGGUAGUCGCAAACACCUCAUCACGCGGUAGUAUCGGUGGCCCGGGCAGCAAAGCAACCUCGACCUCGUCGUCCUCAGCGAAGAAGAAAAAAACGCGCGACCAACCGUCGAAGCGCAAGGUUUCGAACGACAUACUGGUUGGGGACGGAUGGUUAACCGACGUUACGACGUACAAGCGCAACCAUUACCAGCUGGUCACGAAAGACGGCUACCAAACGUUUCUCAUCUACAACGGGUACCGGUUCCGGACGCAGCAAAAGAUCCGCAACGGUAUUGCGGCGUGGAAGUGUGCGUGGAACGGACGGAAAGGUUGCCAGGCCAUACUGCACAUUACGGAGGACUAUCAAAAGGUGCGGGAAGUGGGUUCCCCUCACAACCACGAACCAUCGUUGCGUGAUCGUAUCAUCGCGAACAAACCGACCAAUGGGAAUACGUCGGACCAGAGCCUCAUCAUGCAGUCGGACAGUGAGGAGUUGGGCGAGAUGCACAAAAUUACCGCCACGGUAAAUGUCGGUUCGACGAGCAGUACCGGAACGCUGGCCGGUGAAACGAUAACCCUUGGCGGUGGUGCAACGGUGGUCGCCAUUACGACAGCCGGCGCGAACGCUUCCGUUAAUAGCAGCACCUCGACGACGGCCAACGCUACGUUAGACCUUACCUCGGAGAUGGAUUUCGUGCAGCAGAGCAGUAACAGUGGCAGUGAGCUGAUCACCACCACGACCAGCACUACCGGUGGUUCAUCCUCCUCGUCAGCCGAUCCGCAGGGUACGACGGCGGGGCACCAUACGCAGCACCAUCACCACCAUCAUCAUUCGCAUCAUACGCAUGAAGUGGUUGGCGUCGUGGACGAAGUGGUCGGCAAAGAUGAUACCACCAUGUCGAUGGAUAUAGAGGAAAUCAUACGCCCGCACGUAGUGCUGCAUCCUACCAGCGAGUAAUGUGCGCCAAUGUGGGAAAGCAAACAUCGGCCCCGCCAUUUAAAUGCCACCAGCACCACCAACACCACCACCACCACCAUCGCCGUCGCACGUCCGCGUCAUGUGAGAUCGCUCCAAGAUCCGAAGAUGAAGCGAAUAUGUCUCAUGGAAUGAAGAAAGCAGCAGUAGUACGUAAAACUGUCGGAAGGUUCUAAAACUGCACGCCACGCUACUAUUGCUGCUACAUUCACAUCUCCAACAAGGAGAAAACGCAUGACGGUGUGAGUGCCACGAAACAGGCGGUAAAUGGGACAUGUUUGAUAAACGGAAGAAGCAAAAUGAACUAAAAAAAAUGUAAAAAAGCCGCAUAUAGCAGUUAGAGAGAGAGAGAGAGGCAGGGGAAGGAAGGGGGUCUUGGGAAGUUAGGUCGGAAAUAUUAGGGGUGGUCAUUUUAUUUUUGUUUGUUUUGGACAAAAUGCUCCUGGUUGAUGGCGGUUGGGCACAGCUACAUUACGCUAUUAUAUGUAACAUUUGUUUCGUUUUAUUUGCAUAAGUACAUAAAUGUAUCUUCCCACUAGGUAUCACGAGCUACUUUUCGUAAGAAAGGUAGAAAUGGUGACAAAAUGGAAAAAAAAUCACCCACACACACACACACACAGACACACUGUACCGUUCUUAUUUUAAACGAAUUCUUAUCGUGGUAGAAUCAAGCGAGCCAGGUAGGCAUCAAGUAAAAAAAAAACAACGGGAACGCGGCGAAAUGUAGGAAUGGUAGAUUUUAAAACAGAAAACAAUACAUAAAACAUUAAGUACUACAAAACCCAAACCCCUUUUACGCGGAAAGAUCAAUCUAGGCUAGGAGGGAGGGGGGGGGGGGGGUACACAAGAUCGAUUUUUCCUUCUUUUUUAACAACAUCUCUGUUUGGUUUACGUGUAUUAAGGACGUGCGUUUGUUUUAUGUUUUACAUCCUCUCUUCUUCCCGUCACCCCACUCGUCCUCGGUGUACUACAGUUUGUUCUCCACCCGCCCGAAAAGUCCUUCUUAUUUCUCUUCUAGACCGUAAGUGCAAAAAUUGUCAUAAUAGGUAGGCGUUAAGAAGGAUGUGAAGAAAUAUAUACAUAUAGUUAUAUAUAUAUAUAUUAUAUACAUAAAUGCAAAACAGAUACAGUUAAGAAGGAUUGAUUGUACCCUUUUUCGCCAAAAAACAAAACAAAAAAACAAAACAACGAUACACAACACGUGCAAACCGAUGUGCAAGCGAUGUUUUGCUCUUUUGCCACCAC